AUGUUCAAGCACAACCUCCUCCGCCAACUCUCGAGAGCCUCCACCACCGCCGCCCGCCCGCCUACCAUCCAGCGCGUCUCCCCAACCACCGCAACCCGCGCCUUCACCACCUCCCCUUUCACCCUCGACAAGUCCUCCUCCGAUCCGAACGACAAUGGCGACUACGAGCACUACACCACCUCCGGCGAGCUCGGCGCCUUCGAACACGAGGGCCAGCACUCACGUACCGACAAGCGCAUCCGCGUCGAGUACCCCGAAGAAGCCGAUCUGCCGCGUCAGCAUCCCGUGCAGGGACGGGGAGGAUUUCACUUCAAGCGGACACUCGCGAGCUUCAGCUUGGAAGACCGCGUGGGUGUGGUGACGGGAGGUGCGAGAGGGUUGGGAUUGGUGAUGAGCCAGGCGUUGGUGGUGAGCGGUGCGGAUGUUGCGAUUGUUGAUUUGAACAAGGAGGAAGCCGAACACCAAGCCGACAUCCUCAUGUCGACGUUCAAAAAAGAAAACCCAGGCGCCGACCGCAUCCCCAAAGUCACCGCCCACUACGCCGACGUCUCCUCCCCGACCUCCGUCAACAGCGCCCUCGAAGAGAUCCUCGGCGCCCACGGCAAAAUCGACAACCUCGUCACCUCCGCCGGCUUCACGGAGAACUUCGACGCCAUCGAGUACCCGCACGACCGCAUGCAGAAGCUUUGGGGUGUGAAUGUUGACGGCACUUAUCUUUUUGCUACAGGCGUGGCGAAGCAUCUCAUGUCGCGCAAUGCGCCGGGAAGCGUGGUGAUGAUUGGCAGCAUGAGCGGUGCGAUUGUCAACGUGCCGCAGCCGCAGGCGCCGUACAAUGCGGCCAAAGCGGCGGUGAGGCACUUGGCGAGCUCGUUGGCGGUGGAGUGGGCGCAUGCGGGGAUUAGGGUCAACUGCAUCUCGCCUGGGUAUAUGUUGACGGCUUUGACGAAGAAGAUCCUCGACGACAACCCGGCGCUCGCGCAGAAGUGGACAUCGCUCAUCCCGCAGGGCAAGAUGGGAAGGCCAGAGGAUCUGAUGGGCGCGGUCACGUUCUUGUGCAGUGACGCGAGCGGCUACGUGACGGGCGCCGACCUGCGGGUGGACGGUGGAUACACUGUGACUUAA